ACCAGUCUCUCCGCCAGUUCGCCGGCAGCCGGAAACGUCGCUGGUGACUCUGGGAGUCUGGGAGGCUAGGUAUGGAGGUGGCGGGUGGCCGGUCAUCAAUGGUGGAGACAGAGAGCACAGCUGGCCAAAUGGAGGACGAUAGUGAUGGCGGAGGGGAUAGCGUAAGUGAAAGAGGUGAUGGGUUCCAAGGCUCCGCUCUCUUCUCGAUCCGAAGAAACAAACGGAGGCAGUGGGUUCCAAGGCUCCAGCUGGAUCUUGGAGGAAGGGAUCAGAUCUCUGGUGAGUCGCGAUCUCUCACGAAUCAACUGCGUCUCGAAUCGGAGGGGUUUCGAAUCAAGCUGCGUUUCAAAUAAAGCUGUGGUUCGAAUCAACUGCGUCUCGAAUCGGAGCUCGGAGUGGGUUUCGAAAACGAUGGCGGAGCGGGUGCGAUUUAGUGGGUCGGAGCUCGGAUGGGAUAACGAUGGCGGCGAUGGCCGUGGCACCGACGGCGGUGGCCGGUGGGUAGUAGACUACUGAGACAGCUCGGAAAGAAAGAAGUCUCUCGACU